AUGCCCGGCACGCGGCCGGCCGAACGCGACCCCCUCCCCGCGCCCCGCCGCCCCGCCUCGGCCUGCGGCGAGGAGGAGCAGGGGGGCCCGGCCGCCCGCUCGCCCCCCGCCAGCGUGCGCAGCCUGGAGUGCGACUCGGGCUACUCGGAGGCGUCGGGGGGCACGUGGCGCGAGGACGAAGCGCCGGUGCUGCGGCGGCACCCCCCGCCCUGCCAGCGCGCACACCGCCUCUCCGCCGGCACCCCCGCGCCCGCCCCCGCCCGCCGCGCCCGCCCCAAAUCCACGUCGGACGCCUGCCUGGAGCAGUGGCGGGCGCUCGAGCCGGCCGACGGGAGGGACUGGACGGUGUCGCUGCUGUCGCAGAGCCGCAACCGGCAGCCUCUGGUGCUGGGGGACAACUGCUUCGCCGACCUGGUGGAGAACUGGAUGGACCUGCCCGAGGUGGGCGCCGAGCCCCGCCGUCGACCGCCCGCCGAGUCCUCGCGCCGCUUGGGCAAACCGCCCGCCUUCCUGCUCAGCCUCUCGGGCAACGUGCGCCGCAAGCUGGCCAGCAUGGCCCGGCCCCGCGCCGCAGAGGGAGCCCGGCCGGGGGGCCGCGACCCCGCCAAGCGCCUGUCGUGCCCGCUGGGGCUGGGCGGGCAGCCCAAGGGAGCCUGCUUCCACCAGUCCCACAGCAACAUCGCCCAGCUGGCCACGGACUUCCACCGCUUCACCGCCCUCAUGAACAGCCGCAGCCGCCAGCCCAUCAUCUGCAACGACGUCAUCGGCUACAUCUAG